AGAUACUGGGUACUAUGAUGCUAAUCCAAGAUGGCGGCUUGUCUGGAAGAACAGCAAGAAAGCAAUAUGAAUGAAAAAAGAUUACAUAAUAUGUUCUUAAAGAUUGCAAGUAGUAACGUUAUUGUGAAAACACAACAAAAAGAUGAACUAGACUUUACUGUGGAGCAGAAAUUAGACAUCUUGAAAGACAUUUUAGAGAAAAAUCCAGCUACUUUUCUCAUGCGCUUUGGGCAGUGUAUUUCAACAGACGACUUGGUGUAUUUUGAGAACCUUGAUAUAGAAAAGAAUAAUUUUGAACUGAUGUUCAGGAUAAAAGAAGUUAAAAAUUUGCUCGAUGACAAGAAAAAACAUGUGCAUGUUCAAAACCGUAGGUACAAAGCACUUCAAAGACUUAUGACGGGCUCAAACUACUUCGAUGAAAAUGAGAUGAGAAGAAGAGAGCCACUUUUAUAUGAGCAAUAUAUAGGACAGUACAUGACUGAGGACGAAAAACUAGAAAGGGAUAGAGCAGAGCAAUACAGAAAUUCUACUUUAUCUGACGUUUUGCUACAAAGAUUUGAUUCGCGGGAGACGGAGUGGAUAUUUCAAUGUCAAAAAGAAAGAGAGGAGGAAGAACGUGUUGAAGAGGAUUCUGAUACUGAUAGUGAGACUGAACAUGAUUGUGUCACAAGUCCAAUAAAAGGCAUUCCAAGUGAGACAGAAAGACAGCUUCUGAAAGAUGAGUUCCUCAGUGAAAUGCAAGCAAAGUUCCUUGCAGGUCAAGAUGAGGGAUUUGAUUAUACUGAAGUAGACAUGAACGAUGAUUAUGAUGAUUUAAAACUGCGCGAGAGGGAUGAAGAGGAAGCAUAUUUUGAUGAUGAUGAUGAUGAUUACAAGGAUGAUGUAAAUGAAUCUGAAAUGAAAGAGAUAUAGAUCUAGCCAUAUAUUCAAGGUAUUAACACAGGCAAAGUCUACUGGCGGUCAAAGACUAUGAACUAAAUCUGAUGACUAGCAAGGCAAAGGCAUUCACCUGUAAUGUCAACAGUGGUGCAAGUACUGUAACCAGGGCUACUUAAACAAGUUAGAUAAGAGAACCAAUUAAAAUGUAGAAUGAAAACAAUGCAUUCCAACUUUGGCAAGCCAAUCAGAAACCUAGACUGCAUGAUAAUAAUUAGACACUGAUGUUACGUGUAAAUAACUACUGUACAUGUAGAUAGCCAUCAUCAUUUUCUCCUGGGAAUGAAAAGAUAUGUCAAAGGGCCAUUGUUUUCUGCUGCUUUCUGAGUUUCAAAGUUGGAAUGUAUAAUGUUUUUAUUAUAAAAUUGGAUUGGUUCUCGCUGUGUAGGUGGCCCUAGUUAUAAUAGUUGCAUUUAUUUAAUAUAAAUCAACAUGCCCAAGUUUGAUACGGAUUACUGUUUAUUGGAUUGCAGUUUAUCACAAUAUAUAUAUAUGUAUAAUAUUAUGUAUGAAUGCUCCUUCAUCUAUUCUCUCUAAGAUAUUAACAGAUUACAAAAAUAACAUUGCAAAUAAAUAAAUUGAUUACGGAUAUAAAUUUUGAAAUAAAAUUCUUCAUAAAUCUUCUUCCCAGGAUAGCUGUACACUUCUCUUCCCAUUAAGGGGAAAAAAGCCAGGUCAUCAAAGAAAAAAGUGUGCUAUAAUUUUUAUACAUGGUAAUUUUGUGUCUUAUUAAAUUAAAAUCACUUGGAAUUGAAA